AUGGCUGCAGCGGGCACGGGCUCGGCAGCCGAAGUGCUCUUCAGCUACUCCGCGGGUACUGGAGACCGCCUUGUGGAGCUGAAGCGCCCCGCCUUCAAGGGCGACGAGGACAUCGGCCGCUAUGUGAGCUGGUUCAGGGUGAACCCCCACUCCGCAGUGGAGCGCCUGGCCUUCGUGAGCUGGGAGCGGCCGGAGGGACAGCCCGAGGUGCGCACCUUCGGACAAGGCGUCCUGACUUCGCAGACAGCUGGCGGCGCCUUCCACACUUCCGCAGGGGACGAAAUCGCGCUCACGCUGGAGGACCCAGCGGCCCUCGAUGCUUCGAUCAUCCAAGCGUGCCUCGAAGCCUGGCCUGCCUGA